ACACAGGUGGGACAAACACGCUGCCCAGCCCCUCGGCUCCCACGCCCAGGUACUAAGACUGGGCAAGGGAGAUAGGCUCUCUGUUUACCACAUGGGAUCUCGCCGACUUUCUCUUAGUAAGACCUCUGGAUUUUCCAUCUUCGCUAACAAGUCAUCACUGGUUGUGUAUUUCUUCCUCCCCCGAGAACUUUUGUCAGCGGGAGGGGGAGAGAGGUCGAGGCAAUGAGAGCUGAGGAUCAAGGAGACAACUGUCCACAAAAGGGAGGGGUGAGGAGGGUAGGAAAGCAUUAGGGUCGGUACUGAAGCACUGAGACUUUGGGGACGCUCGCGCCCUCCCUCCUCCAGCCCUCUGCAGCCACCCUUUACGCCACGGACACGGGAGAGUUAAGCCAAUAAACACGUAAGCGCCGCUCCCUCCCCAAUCGGCAAGUUGCCUCUUCGGCUCUUGGCUGCACCGACAGCUUGCAACACUCGGCAUCUUUUCUGGAGGCGCCUUCUUCAGCGGCUGCAGAUGGCAUCCGGCUGCGGGCUCCAAGCUUGCAAUUGACUCUCCCCCUUGCCCACCUCGGGUCCUCGGGUCCUCGGAUCCUCGGACGCACCUCUCCCUUCCCCUCCUCCCCUCGCGCUCCUGGGUCUGAGCCCAGCUCCGGAUCGCCGGGCGAAGAAAGCAGUCGCGGCGGCCGAGGCUGAGCUGUAGGGCGCUCGCUCCUUGAUUUGGGGAGAAGCGCCCAUCCGGGAGAGCCGACCCCCAGCUGCCUCCAGCGCCCCCCAUCUUUUGCACCCCAAGCCGGGGGCUCCAGGGACCCCCUCCCCAGGCCGCACCAUGUUGGACCCUUCGUCCAGCGAAGAGGAAUCGGAUGAGAUCGUGGAGGAGGAGAGCGGCAAGGAGGUGCUCGGCUCGGCCGCGUCCGGCGCGCGCCUGUCUCCCAGCCGCACCAGCGAGAGCUCGGGCGGCGGCGCCGGACUGGGGGGCGGCGGCGGUGCAGGCGCCGGGGCCGGGGUAGGCGCCGGCGGCGGUGGGGGCAGCGGCGCGAGCAGCGGCGGCGGGGCCGGGGGGCUGCAGCCCAGCAGCCGCGCCGGUGGCGGCCGGCCCUCCAGCCCCAGCCCGUCGGUGGUGAGCGAGAAGGAGAAGGAGGAGUUGGAGCGGUUGCAAAAAGAGGAGGAAGAGAGGAAGAAGAGGCUCCAGCUCUACGUGUUCGUGAUGCGCUGCAUCGCCUACCCCUUCAACGCCAAGCAGCCCACCGACAUGGCUCGCCGGCAGCAGAAGAUCAGUAAGCAGCAGCUGCAGACGGUCAAGGACCGAUUCCAGGCCUUCCUCAACGGGGAGACCCAGAUCGUGGCUGACGAGGCCUUCAUGAACGCUGUGCAGAGUUACUACGAGGUGUUCCUGAAGAGCGACCGCGUGGCCCGCAUGGUGCAGAGUGGGGGCUGCUCCGCCAACGACUCUCGCGAGGUCUUCAAGAAGCACAUCGAGAAGAGGGUGCGGAGCCUGCCCGAGAUCGACGGCCUCAGCAAGGAGACCGUGCUGAGCUCCUGGAUGGCCAAGUUUGAUGCCAUCUACCGCGGAGAGGAGGACCCCAGGAAGCAGCAGGCCCGGAUGACAGCCAGCGCAGCCUCUGAGCUGAUUCUGAGCAAAGAGCAACUCUACGAGAUGUUCCAGAACAUUCUUGGGAUCAAGAAGUUUGAACACCAGCUCUUGUACAACGCCUGCCAGCUGGACAAUCCGGAUGAGCAGGCAGCACAGAUCCGACGAGAGCUGGAUGGACGACUCCAAAUGGCAGACCAAAUAGCCAGGGAACGCAAAUUUCCCAAGUUUGUAUCUAAAGAAAUGGAAAACAUGUACAUCGAGGAGCUGAAGUCGUCCGUCAACCUGCUCAUGGCCAACCUGGAGAGCAUGCCGGUGUCCAAGGGCGGCGAGUUCAAGCUUCAGAAGCUCAAGCGCAGCCACAAUGCUUCCAUCAUCGACCUGGGCGAGGAGAGUGAGAACCAGCUCUCCAAGUCCGACGUCGUGCUGGCUUUCUCCUUGGAGGUGGUGAUCAUGGAAGUCCAAGGCCUCAAGUCCCUGGCUCCCAAUCGCAUUGUGUACUGCACAAUGGAGGUGGAAGGUGGUGAGAAGCUACAGACAGACCAGGCCGAGGCUUCUAAACCCACCUGGGGCACCCAGGGCGACUUCUCCACCACCCACGCACUGCCCGCCGUGAAGGUGAAGCUGUUCACGGAGAGCACGGGCGUCCUGGCCUUGGAGGACAAGGAACUCGGACGGGUUAUUCUCCACCCCACCCCGAACAGCCCCAAACAGUCAGAGUGGCACAAGAUGACAGUCUCCAAGAACUGCCCCGAUCAAGACCUCAAAAUCAAGCUUGCUGUUCGAAUGGAUAAGCCUCAAAACAUGAAACAUUCUGGGUAUUUAUGGGCCAUCGGUAAGAAUGUCUGGAAGAGAUGGAAGAAAAGGUUUUUUGUAUUGGUGCAGGUCAGUCAAUACACCUUUGCCAUGUGCAGUUAUCGGGAGAAGAAGGCGGAGCCUCAGGAACUUCUGCAACUGGAUGGCUACACUGUGGAUUACACCGACCCCCAGCCAGGUCUGGAGGGUGGCCGAGCCUUCUUCAAUGCAGUCAAAGAAGGAGACACCGUGAUAUUCGCCAGUGACGACGAGCAAGACCGCAUCCUGUGGGUCCAAGCCAUGUACCGGGCCACCGGGCAGUCGCACAAGCCUGUGCCCCCGACCCAGGUCCAGAAACUCAACGCCAAAGGGGGGAAUGUGCCUCAGCUGGAUGCCCCCAUCUCCCAAUUCUACGCAGACAGAGCUCAAAAGCAUGGCAUGGAUGAAUUUAUCUCGUCCAACCCCUGUAACUUUGACCACGCUUCCCUCUUUGAGAUGGUGCAACGCCUUACUUUGGAUCACAGACUUAAUGAUUCCUAUUCUUGCCUGGGCUGGUUCAGUCCUGGCCAGGUGUUUGUCCUAGAUGAGUAUUGUGCCAGAAAUGGAGUCCGAGGGUGUCACCGACAUCUCUGCUACCUCAGAGACUUGCUGGAACGGGCGGAAAACGGCGCCAUGAUCGACCCCACCCUCCUUCACUACAGCUUUGCCUUCUGUGCAUCCCACGUCCACGGGAACAGUCAGCAAAUGCAUGUGUACCUUAGUGGGCUGCCACCAAGUACAGACCCUGAAGGGAGCAAAACUCCCUCCCCAUCUGAACCAGAGGCUAAAAAAGAUACAAAAAAGGAAUGUAAAAGAAGAAAAGAUUUCAAAACUCAGGCAAAUCCAGAGCCCAAAAGGCCUGAUGGGAUUGGAACUGUGACUGUUGAAGAAAAGGAGCGUUUCGAAGAAAUCAAGGAGAGACUCCGAGUUCUGUUGGAAAAUCAGAUUACACAUUUUAGGUAUUGUUUUCCAUUUGGUCGGCCCGAAGGUGCACUGAAAGCUACCCUCUCGCUCCUGGAAAGGGUUUUGAUGAAAGAUAUUGUUACUCCAGUGCCACAAGAGGAGGUAAAAACAGUCAUCCGUAAAUGUCUAGAGCAGGCUGCUUUAGUCAACUAUUCUCGGCUAUCAGAGUAUGCCAAAAUCGAAGAGAAUCAAAAGGACGCAGAAAAUGUAGGCCGGUUAAUCACUCCUGCCAAAAAGCUCGAAGACACAAUCCGCCUUGCUGAACUAGUCAUUGAAGUUCUUCAGCAGAAUGAGGAGCACCACGCAGAGGGGAAAGAGCCACAUGUUGAUAAAGGAGAAGCCUUUGCGUGGUGGUCGGACCUGAUGGUGGAGCACGCCGAGACCUUCCUGUCGCUCUUCGCGGUGGACAUGGAUGCAGCACUGGAGGUGCAGCCCCCAGACACGUGGGACAGUUUCCCACUGUUUCAGCUGCUGAAUGAUUUCCUGCGCACCGACUAUAAUUUGUGCAAUGGAAAAUUUCACAAACACCUGCAAGACCUGUUUGCCCCACUUGUGGUUAGAUAUGUGGAUUUGAUGGAGUCCUCAAUUGCACAAUCCAUUCACAGGGGCUUUGAGCGGGAGUCAUGGGAACCAGUCAAGAGUUUAACCAGUAACCUACCCAAUGUGAACCUACCCAAUGUGAACCUUCCCAAAGUACCAAAUCUACCAGUUAACAUCCCUCUAGGCAUCCCACAAAUGCCUACUUUUUCGGCACCGUCAUGGAUGGCUGCUAUAUAUGAUGCUGAUAACGGAUCGGGCACUUCAGAAGAUCUGUUCUGGAAGCUUGAUGCCCUUCAGACCUUCAUCCGGGACUUACACUGGCCUGAGGAAGAGUUUGGGAAGCACCUGGAACAACGGCUGAAGCUGAUGGCCAGUGACAUGAUCGAAUCUUGUGUCAAAAGAACCAGGAUUGCAUUUGAAGUUAAGCUGCAAAAAACCAGUCGAUCAACAGAUUUUCGAGUCCCACAGUCAAUAUGCACCAUGUUUAAUGUUAUGGUUGAUGCCAAAGCUCAAUCAACAAAACUUUGCAGCAUGGAAAUGGGCCAAGAGUUUGCUAAAGAGUGGCAUCAAUACCAUUCAAAAAUAGACGAACUAAUUGAAGAAACUGUUAAAGAAAUGAUAACACUCUUGGUUGCAAAGUUCGUUACAAUCUUGGAAGGAGUAUUGGCAAAAUUAUCCAGAUAUGACGAAGGGACUUUGUUUUCUUCUUUUUUGUCAUUUACCGUGAAGGCAGCUUCCAAAUAUGUGGAUGUACCUAAACCCGGGAUGGACGUGGCCGACGCCUACGUGACUUUCGUCCGCCACUCUCAGGAUGUCCUUCGUGAUAAGGUCAAUGAGGAGAUGUACAUAGAAAGGUUAUUUGAUCAAUGGUACAACAGCUCCAUGAACGUGAUCUGCACCUGGUUGACGGACCGGAUGGACUUACAGCUGCACAUUUACCAGUUGAAAACACUAAUUAGGAUGGUAAAGAAAACCUACAGGGACUUCCGAUUGCAAGGGGUCCUAGACUCGACCUUAAACAGCAAAACGUACGAAACCAUCCGGAACCGCCUCACUGUGGAGGAAGCCACAGCAUCAGUGAGCGAAGGGGGGGGCCUGCAGGGCAUCAGCAUGAAGGACAGCGAUGAGGAAGACGAAGAAGACGAUUAGAAGGCUCGGGCCUGGCGUCCUGGGGGGCGGAUCCUGUACUCAAUGCAUGUCCUUAGUCUGUUAGUUAACCCCAUUAGGGAAUUUUCUGUCAACUACCAUGCCCAUGAGAUGUUUACCAAUACAAUUGCCAUCUUAGCUCUGUGGUAUCAAGAUUAGCAAAUGACCUUCAAGCCCACCAUUUCCUGACCCAUGUCUAUGUUUACAAGCAAUAUGGAGCACCAUUCUUUAAAUGCUGUUCACAGAGAAUACAUAGUCCAACCGCUAGGUGUGCCCCUUUCACCAGCAGAGUGAACUGAUGCUUCAUUGACGUGCCGUGUAUGCGUUGACAGUGAAUGGCUGUGAGGGCCACCAGUACUUCCACGCCGUCUCCUGUGCGUGGAUGCCAGUUCUUUAGAUGAGUACAGUAAAUUGUUUCAUCAAGACACGUAGGUCUGCUUUGUUUUGUUGAGAAACAAAAGGCAAGGCUCCAACAACCAACUUUUGGUUCUCUCUGUUCCCCUAAAACUAAAAAAUGAACCCCUGGUGUCCUUGUCAACCCAUCCUUUCAUUUAUCCUUCUAGUUAGCCAAAACAGAUGGCUACAUACCAAUGGACGAUCCUCUUCAUUGCCACGGCAAGCGUGAGCGGUCACGACUUAACAUGAAGCACAGUUCAGAGCAACUGUCUUCUGUCCAAGUUUCUCCUGUUACAUGUUACAUUUUGCUUUUAUGUUUCCAUAACCGUGUAUGUAAAAAAAAACUGAAUAUUUAAAUUACAACCCUAGACUAUAAAUGUGUUUAUAAUAAGAUAUGGGCAUCUCCUUCAGUAGACUGUAACCAUAAUUUAAUGAUUUUGGUCCCCACUGUUUUUAUAUCUGUCAUGUACAUCGCAUUUUGAUCUGUAACUGCACGACCCUGGGGUCCUCUGCAGACCUCUUUCUUUCUGUGUAAACUAGUGGAUCCAUCCUGCUUUUGCCUUAUAUAAAGCCUACAGUUAUGAAAGUGUGAAAAACUGUGGCUUCUCAAUAAAUAACUAUUCAAAUGUCCAAAGAAUA